AUGUCAAAUUCCGAAGACGUUCUAGACUUUUUAAACCUGCUUCCAGAGUCUAAAUUUGAAGGUACGGAUAAUAUCAAGACGCAAUCCACUUCAACGGGGAAUAAGGAGGAUGAAUUGUUUGAUUUUCUUGAUCAAGUAGCACAGCAUGAACAACAAAAACCGAAAAAGAAAUUAGUCCCCAAGAAGGCAAAGGAGGAGGAGGAGGAGACAAAAGAAGCUGCAGGUGGUGGUGGUGGUAAGAAAGAUGGCUGUGGCGACGAUUAUGAUGAGACAACUGACCUCACUACCGGAAAUUCGUCUUCUGAUACUAAUGAUGAUAGAACCAUGAAUGAGAAAGAAGAUGACAUUCAGGAAAAAAGGCACGAAAGAAGAGAUAAGGAGAAUGAGAAUGAACAGGCACAGGCACAGGCACAGGAUUCUGGUUCUGAGUCUGAGUCUGAGUCUGUGAACCCCAUUGCAUCCCUAUCAAGCUGGUGGAAUCGAGAAGGUGGACAAAAAGUAACCAAUUUAUGGGGCACAAUUACAUCCAAUGCCGAAAAAUUAAGCGAACAAACGUAUCAAUUAGCAUCGCAAACCACGAAUCAAAUCAAUGUGAAAUCCAAGCACUUGGACUCUGAAGAGAUUUUGGGCACUAAAUUGAAUAACUUGUUUCUAAAUAUCUCUAAUCUGAUCAAACUGGGAUUAAUAGAUAAUGACGCUGAUGAAGUAUUAAACAUUUUGAUUGUUUCCGACUUGUACAAUAUCAAUUAUUUGGAACGUAUUGUGUUGACAAAUUUCAAUAGUACAAUGGAUCAAGUUGAAGGAAGAAUUAAUGUUAGCGUUCACAAUUUUAAUCAUCACGAGGACGAAACGGGUGAUGAGACGGCAAGGGCGGUGAAAUUGAAUAUGUUUUAUGGCAAAUUGAUUGAUGGCGAGAAAUUGGCAAUGGCGAAUUUGGAAAACGCUAUCAAGGAGUAUAAGAAAGUCGCCAAAUCACAAGAAGAAAAGAAGAGAAAUGCAGAAAAAGAAAAAGAUGACGAUGGAAAGGAUAGUGAUGUUGCUUCAGAGCAGACCAUUUUGAAAUCAAACAUAUUCAUCUCAAUUCAGCCUAUAUCAGUGAGCAAAUCAGAUAAAGCCGAUAAUUUCGCCGACUCACAAACGGUUAUUGAAUGCAAUAAUUCAGAUUCUUUUUCAUUCACCCUUAUACUUUAUGAUAUUACCAACAAUAUUUCCAUUGUGACAAGAACUCAGCCAUUCCCCUUAAGGUGGGCACAGUGGAUAGAUGGAGAAACUUUAAAACGCGAGGGUGCAACAGAUAACGAUGAUAAUGUAGAUCCCAAAGAAUGGGUGAAAGACUGGAUAAAACAGGGGUUGAAAUUAGGAGUAGGGGUAUUGGCUCAGGACUACGUUAUCAAAAGAAUGGGUAUUUAA